CUAUUUUACCUUUUUUUUCUUCUUGACAGAGCUCGACCGGCAAAUGGCGAAAAUGGAGUUGCGCUGAGAAAAGGGCUUCCUCACGUUAUCUACUGCAGACUUUGGCGUUGGCCCGAUCUACAGAGUCAAGCUGAACUGAAGGCCCUGGACAUUUGCGAGCACGCGUUUCAUCUCAAGAAGGACGAAGUUUGCAUCAAUCCGUACCACUACACCCGCAUAGACAGCCAAUCGCAGCAGCCGCUCACGAUAUUGGUACCGAAAAAUCUAUCCACACCUCAGGGAGGCGAAAGCUCAGUCACAUAUACUUUGGACGAUUUGAGUAACACCGUGCCGGUCAACACUCAGUACAACAAUGCUUUAAAUGAAAACUACGUCACCAGCCCACAGCCAGCUCAGCAGUACAUCGGACAACCGCAGCAGCAGCAACAGCAACCGCCAACACAUCAGCAACAGCAAUCGGCACCGUCCUACAUGGAGGCGACUCUGGGCCAGCAGAUCCCGACCAACACCACGAUUAUGGACUCGACCAGUGUCGGAUUGGGCACGAUUCCGAACACCGAGACGCCACCGCCCGGUUACAUGUCCGAGGACGGGGACCCGCUCGAUCAGAAUGAUAAUAUGACUGACAUGUCCCGCCUCUCACCCGCCAUGGACGCCCAGCCGGUUAUGUACCACGAGCCGGCCUUCUGGUGCUCGAUCAGCUACUACGAGCUGAAUCUGCGCGUCGGCGAAACAUUUCACGCUUCCCAACCCUCGAUCACGGUGGACGGUUUUACGGAUCCCUCGAAUUCAGAAAGAUUCUGUCUUGGGCUGCUGUCCAACGUGAACCGCAACGAGGUGGUGGAACAAACGCGACGUCACAUCGGCAAAGGCGUCCGGUUGUACUACAUCGGGGGUGAAGUGUUCGCCGAAUGUCUCAGUGAUUCCAGCAUCUUCGUACAGAGUCCCAACUGCAAUCAGCGGUACGGGUGGCAUCCGGCAACCGUUUGCAAAAUACCACCAGGAUGUAACCUCAAGAUUUUCAACAAUCAGGAAUUUGCAGCUUUACUAUCGCAAUCCGUUUCGCAGGGCUUCGAAGCGGUCUAUCAGUUAACUAGAAUGUGUACAAUAAGGAUGUCCUUCGUCAAAGGAUGGGGAGCAGAAUAUCGACGACAAACCGUUACCUCAACGCCAUGCUGGAUCGAGUUGCAUUUGAAUGGGCCUCUGCAGUGGCUGGAUCGGGUCCUCACUCAGAUGGGCUCACCACGGUUGCCAUGUAGUUCAAUGUCCUAAUCAAAUGGCAUCUAGGGUGUCUAAAAAGAGAUAAAGCAGCAAACCUCUGGGAGUGACAUUUAACUUAAAAAACACAAGCAACAACAUAACAGAAACCUAUUUUUGAACGUUAGUUAGUCGGUAAGAUUGAACUAACCGAAAAAAAGCCUACAAAUACUGCUACAAUACGACCUUAGCAAUGGGACGCAGAUGCUGCAACACAAAUGAUACAAAUGUGUUAAAACGAUAUAUCAAGAAAAAAAGUUUAUUAUCGAACAGUAACAAUGAAAUGCAAGAUCAGAACUAUGUAAUACCGAUACCGAUUCUCCCAAACUUCGUUUAAUCACCGCAAGCAAGAGAAAUGUCGAAUGCAAAAUUCGAUUGCAGUUAACAAUCAAAAACUAAGUUUCUUUUUUUAUUUAUUUAAGACUCUAAAGUAUUCGAUAUUGAGCGACAAAUUUAGAGUUUCGUGUUCUCUUUUUUUUUCUUGUACAGGUGACAACAAUGUAUGCGUAUACUUAUUGACUAACUUUAUGAUAGAAGCUUUUCAUGUUAUGUUCUAAGAUUAUCUGGUAGGCAUCAACUACUUUCGUUUUUUGUAAGUAGCGCUUACAAAAGUAAACAUCCUAACCGUGGCAGGAGUAAAUUCGACAUGUUCGGAAACUGCCCCAAUCAAUUGAAACACGAUAAUAUUUGAGCCAAAUUCGUUUGUUUUUAGAAAAGUUACGUUUGUCCCAAAAAUAAAAGCAAAUAAAAAAAAUUAUAGACAUCUCAUCUGAUCGUACUACUUGGCACUCCAAAAAAAAAAAAAUCUUCGGAAAUACAAUACGAAAUGCAAAGCAGAUCUAAUUGGUGUAAAUUUGUGUGAUGAUUUUUAAAAUCCUUUAAAAACAAAUGAUAACACAUUGUGAAGCACAUUGAAAAACGAUUUUAUACAUAAGAGAAAGCUGCAAGUUUUGAAAGCAAAAAGAUAUCAGAAGCACACAUUGAAAACGUGUAACAUAUUUUGUGACCGAAAAUUCGUUCGUUGAUAAUAAGAUAAUGAGAGAAACAAAAAGUUUACAAAAAACGUGAGAACAAAAGCUUCGAGAAGCGUUGAAUGGCGAUGAC